CUCACUGCCUUCCUCCCUCUGUUCCCCCUGCCAGCCCUUGUAACUACGCCGGCCUCCUCCCCAUCCCCGCCUCCUACCGUUAUGGCGGAGAAGGACGCCGCCGCCAGGCUUCGGCGAGCCGUCCAGGAGAACAACCUCUUCCUGCGGUACACAUCGUUGGCCUGGGCGGCCGUCCUCGGGCACGAGGAGACGUUCGAGUUCCUGUUGGCUAGCGGUCAUGAUGACCAUGAGUACAGCAAGGAUACUGACAACAACACGAUUCUGAUUCUGUUGGCCGACGCCAAGCCUCCCAUCACAAGCCCGUACGGUUCGACCCAGAGUGAACAUGAAUUCCUCAGUGCUACCCUGCGUAUGGCGCGUCUCUACUACGACCGGUACCCCGAUAUUAUGGACUGGGCGAACGUGGAAGGAAGAACUGCCCUGCAUGUAGCGGCGUUGAAGGGGAAAGAGGAGUUGGUUCGAAUGCUUUGCGAUUUCGGGGCGGAUUUUGAUCUUGCAGAUAACGAGGGCAACACGCCCCUGCACUACGCAAGCGCUUGGGGACAUAUGCCAAUUGUGCAACUGCUCAUCGAACGUGGAUGCCAGUACUCCGCUCGCAACAACGAGGGGUUUACCCCGUCAGAUUAUGCUUACUCAACGAGCACUCGAGACACCUUGCAAGACACCGCCCGGACACAAUUCGAGCUGAAUAAAAAGGCUCGCAGGAAUGUCUUUGCACAGGCUGCCGCAAGAGGAACCGAGUGGGGUACGACACCAGACCCGAUACUGGGACCACCGCCCAAGGCAUACUUCACGAACGGCUCGCGCAUGCGGAGUGGUUCUGGUACAAGUCGCACAACGAACACGUCUGACAGCGGUGACAUGCUCGAUGCAACAUACACCUCUCGCAGUCACCUCUCGCCUGUCACUUCAUUAUCCCCUUCCCGUCGCCCCAACCAACUUCCAUCAGGGUCUUACUCACCAGCUCAACCGUCUGCCAGCUCGUCCGGAAGCACGGCCUUUUCUUCUACUGCAUCACCCUCCGCGCAGUCUCACCUUAUCCCUUCCAUGUCCCACAACCCCGCGUCGGCACUAUCUCCGAUAGCUACGCGCAUGCGAGAGCGCGACGCUGAUGCCAUGGAGAAGUACAAAUUGCGACAGCGUAGUGGAAGCGGCGCUACCGCUUCGACAGAUAAUCCGUCCACAAAUGGGUCGUCACCCACACCCGAGGAUCGCAAACAGUCGCUGAUGGCGGUAGGUUCUGUUGCGCCCCGCCGUCGAUUACGACCAUCAGCUUCUGCAGCACAACUUCGGACGACUCCCCAACCACCCGCGAUCAGCCCCAAUCCGUCUGUCUCACAACACGAAACGGUUCGACAUCGGUCAGGAACCAGUCCUGCCGCAGUGCCUGCGUCUCCGACCACGCAGGAAUCAGCCACACCGACUCAAAGCUCGUCGAGGCCACCUUUGCGAAGGCUCGAAGAGGACAGCGCAGACGAAUACACUGGCCCACCUUCGCAAUAUGCCGACUUCCCCGCCCCACCCCCCUUUGACGACCCCAUCGAGCGCACUCGCACCAUCACACCAACCACCGCAAAUGGCCCUGCGCUGUCGUACUCGCGGCGGCUGCCCUUCAACCUUCUUUCGUCUCACAAAUCGAGCACGGACUCGACCGCUGGCGGUCACCGGAGAAACGCCUCCGUCAAUGCAGCUAUCCGAUAGUGGUCGUUUAAUAUGGUUUCGACGCAUUGUACUUGUUCUUGAACACUCCUGGUCUGUACGUCACACGUCCCUUGUAGUCGACUUCCGUCUCUCGCUGUGCAACUAUCCACGCUUCAUCCGUCUGGGCUCGUGCAUGCAUUCGUUCCCGCUACGCACAAAAUGCAUCUAUCUUAUUUGACGUUGUAUCAAGCUCGAGUACUACCCGCCCUGUUUUUGUUUCCUUGUCGGUCUGCGCAUUGGAGGAUUCAUAGGUGCUUGGCCGACUGGCGUUGAAUACGAGCAAGCAUCUGGAUCUGGC